UUCUUUUUUCCAAAAAAAAAUGUCUCCUAAUGGGGCAAAUUCCGAGGAAGGUGCCCGGGCCACUUCACAAUGGACCAAAUAUUAUUACUCGGAUCAAAAUUUCCGCACCGUGUUAUUCGACCCUUUGAAGACACAUGGGGUGGUUCCGGAGAAGGGUUCCGAGGUGUAUGUGACUUACAUCCCUAGCCGCGCGAGCGUAUACGACUUGGUAGAGCUUUUCGAACCAAUCGGACCGAUUUUCCAAGCGAAAUUGAUGAUGUCCACGGACAUGGUUCAGUCUAACGACGGCACUGUUACCAGGGUGAAUCGGGGCUUCGGAUUCAUCACUUUUCACACAAAAGACGACGCCACCAAAGCAAUUUCCCAGCUGAAUAAUGCACGUAUGCUGGGAACGGUUAUUCACCUGCAGCGUUCAAUUGAUAACUGUAGGAUUUUCUUGGGUGGAAUCCCAUUGGAUAAGAAUAAGUCUGACAUAAUGUCCGAACUAAUUUCUUUUAACGCAAUCACGAAUAUCGUGGACGUGAUCACAUAUCGGAGUUACGUGAAUCCGGAACAUAACAGGGGAUUUUGUUUUGUCGAAUUUAGGACCCACGAGGAAGCGUCUUAUUUUAGGGCCAAGUAUCACGAUAAGUUGGUGUUGUGGGGUAAGGAGAUUUUGGUGGAUUGGGCCGUGCCUUUACCACAAAUUGACGACGAGUUUGUUAUGAAAAAGGUCAAAAUCGUUUUCUUACGCAACUUAGAUGUCACAUUGGAAAUCAAGGAGUUUGCAGACCUCAUUUACUCCCUGAUAGCUCCGAGCCAUGUGGAAAAAAUCUACAAGUGCAAAGACUACGCCUACGUCCAUUUGACCACCAGAAAGCAUACUGAAGAACUCAUGGAAAUUUUAACUGAUUAUUAUAAAGGAACCCUGGUCGAAGUCAGCUACGCUAAACCGGCAAACAAGUUCACUGACCGCGCCUUUAGAGAAAAAGCCCUCUUAGGGCGUCAGAACAAAGCCCAAACGUCACCAGAGAACGCCAAAGGGCACCACCAAGAAACACGUCGUGCAUCAUCGCUUUCCCCCAUCGCAUCUUCUUCAUCAGAUAACACCGAAAACAGCCUACAGUCCCUACUGUCCCUCAACACGUUGCAAUUCAUUUCUACCCAAAACACCUUGAAGCAACUGGAAAAGGAACGAGAACUACUAAAAAAGCAACUGGUUGAAAAAGAUUCAAGAGAUAGUUUGAAUAUCUCAAUCACAGAACGUUCCUCAGAGAUGCUCACUCCGGACGGUUCAUCUUCACUUCCAGACUUUAAUCAAGAAUCGACUUUUAGUCCACCGGAACCUAACCAGGCUGCCGACAGUUCUUUUAAUUUCUCUGAGCUUACCCAAAGCUUACCUGCUCUUACUCAGGACACAUCUUGGGAUGCAAAUCACCUUUCUUUGACGUACUCGACUGUUUCUCCCCAAUAUGGAAAUAUCUCUGAGCUUACACAAAGCUUACCUGCUCAUACCCAAAACACAUCUUGGGACGCAAAUCACCUUUCUUUGACGUAUUCGAGUGGUUCUCCCCAAUAUGGGAAUAACUCUGGGCUUACACAAAGCUUAUCUGCGCCUACUCAGGACACAUCUUGGGACGCAAAUCACCAUUCUUCGACGUAUUCGAGCGGUUCUCUGCAAUAUGGUAAUAUCUCUGGGCUUGCCCAAAGGUUACCCGCUCUUACCCAGAACACAUCUUGGGGUGCAAAUCACCUUCCAUUGACGUACUCGAGUGGUUUUCCACAAUAUGGAAAUAUCUCUGAGCUUCCCCAAAGCUCACCUGCUCUUACCCAGGAAACAUCUUGGGAUGCAAGUCAGCUUCCAUUGAUGUAUUCGAGUGGUUCACUUCAAUAUCGCAAUAUCUAUUCGGUAUUUGGUGUACAGGAGCCGGUAUUUCCCAGUCUUAAAGUUCCAGAGGAGCCCGAAGAGCCUAUUAAUUGGUCAAGCGAUCCCCGAUGGGCCGAAAUGGAGGAUAUGGUAAACAAACUGCUAGAAGGUGAAUGAUUGACAAUCUGCUGUCUUAUGGUUUUUUUUUUGGCAUGUUAGAUUUAAGGAGUUUUUUUUUUGUUAUAUUCACAUAGUUUAUAAAUUUUUGGCGUUUUUUUUUGGUGCUUGUUGCAUCAUUAUUAUUAUUGGGAUUUAUAAAAACCCAUUAAAUAGUUAUAUUCUAUAUCUUUAUAUUACUUACUUGUUCCAGUAUAUUCUAUCGUUACGUAUGUUUCUAGAAAUUUAAACUUAUCAUGUAUUUUUAUAUAUAUAUUUUAUAAUUGUGUUUUCUAUAAAUAAAAUGUCAGUUGAA